CCCCGCGCCAUGGCUGCUUUGCAGUUCCUGCUGAUGAUCCCGGCUUUGGGCAAUUUCCUUUUCACUUUCGGGACCGGCGUGGAGCUGAUCCGUUUUAUUUCCUUCCGUGCCGUCUUUUUGCAGCUACCCGCGGGGGCUGCCUCUCCUCCUUCCCACGGAACCGGCGUGAAUCCAGGUGACACCUCGAAUCCUCAGUGGAAAAUGGCCCUAAGAGAUCCCAAGAUUUUGCACUCGCUAACAGUGGAUGUGGGCCUGAUCGUCCUUUUUGUCCUGCAGCACAGCCUGAUGGCUUCUGAUCGGGUCAAACACUGGACCUGCAACUGCUUUGGGGUCUUGCAGAGAACGGUCUAUGUUUUUUGCACAGACUUAUCCCUUCAGUUGCUGAUGAGGUAUUGGCAGCCAGUACAGGAUGGUCCUAUGCUGUGGAAUACAAACACCGAGCCAUGGAUCACUUGGGUUCCACUCAUCUGCUUUGUCCUUCAUUUCAUCUCCUGGCUAAUCAUCUUUAGCAUCAUUCUCAUCUUUGAUUAUGCAGAACUGAUGGGAGUCAAGCAGGUUUAUUACUAUUGCUUGGGCAUGGGAGACCCUUUGGCUGUGAAGUCUUCACGGGCCCUCCGUCUCUACUCCCACCUUCGCCAUCCACUGUACGUGGAGUUUCUCCUUAUCCUCUGGGCUGUUCCCUGCCUCUCCCUUGACCGCCUGCUUCUGGCCUCCCUCUUCACGAUCUAUCUUACCUGCGCUCACAGCCUGGAUGAACAGGAUUACCUCUACCUCCGUGCCCAGCUGGACAAGAAGUUCCAAAUCUUCUCCCGGGAAGAGGCAGCUUAUGGGCGCUUGUUGGCUCAAAAUGGCCCCUCAGACUACAAGGACAAUUGAGUAACGAUCGGAUAGGUACCUGUUUUAGUUGCAGGGGUGGGGUCUGACUUUUGUGGGGGGCGGGUGUCAAACUUUGCCAGGUCCCUGCUUACAAAGCACUGAAUAAUACGCCAUAUCUUGAUUGUACUUUUAUAUAAAAAGGACUUGAAGAGCUGCCACCCAAAAAUUUGUUAUCUACUGGGCCAAGUCUCUUGUAACUCCCGAAAAGAAUCUUUCCUAAGCUAGUGUUCUCCAUUAUUAUGGAUUGGAACUUCAUUGUCCUCCACAGCAGUAUUAGAUGAAGAUGUUAGUCUUGAAAUAUUUGGAGAAUGUCAAAUUGGGAUAGUCUGGACUGAAACACACUAAGUUCUACUCGUAUUGUAGAUCAUGUAACAGAGGUGCUGUUUAGGAUCUUACUGGAGAAGGUUGGAAUAGCCAAUGCCUGGGUUGAUCCCACCUUAGAAUAUUAAGGAGAUCCUUUUUGAUCAUGAAUUUUUCACUUACUCUGAGAAUUCUUAAUAAUGGUUGAAAUCUAGCUAUAAUUGGCCAGCUUCUAGGUUGGAUGCUUGUGUGGAGAGCAAGAAGUUGGUUAAACAAA